CUAUUCAUUCAUUCGGAAAAAUCCGAAAGCUUCGAUUUUGAGCCAUAUAAAACGUCUCCCAUGGCGGAAACUCGAUUUUGAGCCAUAUAAAGCUUCGAUUUUGAGCCAUACAAAGAAGAAGAAGACAGACUUUAAGCUGUAACUAAGAGAAUGGCUUCUGUGUCGACAUGCUUAAUCGUCUCCCCUAGGCUAACUCCAUCCGUCUUCUUUUCUAAAAAGUCUUUGACUUUGACUCGCCUCAGAUCUCCCGUUGAUCAUCACUCCUUCCCCAGAAUCUCAACGAAUAGGUUUCCGAGCUCUCACCGGAAGCUCACCAGCCACGGAAUCGCGGUGGUUAAGGCGGCGAGCAUAGAUAAAGUUAGCGGCGGCGCAAUCAAACCAGGAGGACUUGUGGAGAGCGACAAGUUACCAACAGAUGUUCGGAAACGAGCGAUGGAAGCUGUGGACGAGUGUGGUCUGAGAGUUACUGUCGGUGACGUGGCUAGCAGAGCUGGAUUGAAAGUUACCGAAGCUCAGAAAGCGCUUCAAGCUCUCGCGGCUGAUACUGAUGGGUUUCUCGAGGUGUCGGAUGAAGGUGAUGUGCUUUAUGUAUUCCCAAGGGACUAUCGAUCUAAGUUAGCUACCAAGUCGUUAAGGAUACAGAUUGAACCGUUUCUUGAUAAGGCUAAGGGUGCUUUAGAUUACCUGACUCGUGUUUCGUUUGGGACGGCGCUUAUUGCGUCUAUUGUUAUUGUCUACACUUCAAUUAUACUCUUACUUUCAAGCAGAAGUGAGGAUGAUAAUCGUCAAAGGAGACGCGGGCGUGGAUAUGAUUCUGGAUUCAACUUCUAUUUCAACCCUGUUGAUCUAUUUUGGUACUGGGAUCCCUAUUAUUACAGAAGGCGACGAGCCCGAGAAGAUGAGGAAAAGGGAAUGAAUUUCGUUGAAUCUGUUUUCUCCUUUGUAUUUGGAGAUGGAGACCCAAAUGAAGGAAUCGAAGAAGAGAGGUGGCAGAUGAUUGGGAGGUAUAUAACAUCUAGAGGAGGUGUUGUUGCAGCUGACGAACUUGCUCCAUACCUUGAUCUGCCAUCUUCCAAGAGUGCUACGAACGAUGAAUCUUACAUUCUUCCUGUUCUUCUUCGGUUUGAUGGUCAACCUGAGUUGGAUGAAGAGGGAAACAUUCUGUAUCGCUUUCCGUCGCUGCAACGCACAGCUUCUGGGUCUAGUAGACGAAAAGAAUACGUGGGAAGAUGGUUUGACUUUGUUGCAGAUAUGGAGAAGUUCUUCAAGGAGAAAAAGUGGCAGUUCAGUAAAACUAGUUCGACCGAGAGAGCAAUGGUCAUUGGCCUAGGCGCGGUUAAUCUCUUUGGUGUCAUUGUUCUAAACACCCUGCUAAAGGAGAUGGCGUUCAGACCAAGUGGAUUUAUUACAUUUGUUAAAAACAUAUAUCCACUUCUUCAGGUAUACGCAGGUUCAUUCUUUGUCAUCCCUUUGGUUCGGUGGUUGUCAGUGAAGAGGAAGAAUGAUCAGAUAGAGAAUCGAAACAAAGCGCGGCUACAAUUUGCACGAGCACUUGAGUCUCCAGAUAUCUCACUACGGCGUAAGUUACUGAGCGCAAGGGAUAUGGCUCAGAAUACAGUAAUAGGGAAGGAGAGGAUAGUGUACAGUACAGAGAGAGAUAUGAUUGAACAAGACUAUGAGGCAGAGGAAUGGGACAGAAGAUUCCGAGAAGUGGAUAAAUCAGAUUGACAAAUGUAAAAAAAAAAAAAUCUGGGGACUUGUGACAGCAACUCAGACUUCAUCCGCAAGCACAGAACUGUCUCUCCUAUAGCUUUACUUAAGCAAUCAUCAAGUUCCUGCGGAUGGGACACAAGGCAUGGGGUACAUAACCUAUAUAGACAUUCUAAGUCUCUUUGGGAAAGAAAAUCAAAUAGGUUUUCAUAGGGUGAAGACCAUAUCGUGAUGCUUCAGAGCUCUCUCUCUAACACAAGUAACAAAACCAUACCUGCAAGCUUGGUCUUGUUUUAUAAUAAUCAAAGAGUAAAUUGCUUGUUGCAGAGAGUUUCCAACAAUAGGUUAUUAUGUAGAGUGAUUUUGUGGAUACAAAAGUCCAUUUAUUGUUCAUGAUAUACUCUCUUUGUA